AAUACGGACCGCAUACGCACUGCAAACGGAGUAUGUGUGAAACGGGCGUAGUAAACUCCUCACCUCCGGCGGUCAGUCGUCAUUGAUCAAAAACUACAUCUCCCACAAUGCAUGCCGAUUUUGAAACCCGCGAAAUGACGGCGUCGUGCCGCUAGAGAGCAGUGUUUCCAUAUCGACGCGGUGGAGUCGAGAAAAGCUAAAUAACCCAAAUUGUAAAUUUAUCAACUAAAAUGUCCAAAAAGAGAAAAAUUGAUGCAGAGGGGAGGCAAUUUAAAGAACGAUGGGAAAGUGAAUACAUGUUUGUUCUUCAAGGAGAAAAACCGGUAUGUCUUCUGUGUGGCGAGGCUGUGUCGGUAAUGAAGGAAUACAAUUUACGUCGGCAUUUUGACACCAAACACGGAGCUAAGUAUGCUAACUCUAGUCUCCAAGAAAAAAAUCAAAUUGUUCAUGAAUUGAAAGGAAGACUACAAGGGCAGCAAAAUAUGUUCACGAAAGCCACAGCAAAAAAUGAUGCAGCCGUGAAAGCUAGCUUUAUCGUGGCUGAAGAAAUCGCUCGCGCUUCCAAGUGUUUUUCAGAGGGAGCAUUUUUGAAGAGGAGUAUGCUAAAGGUAUGUGAGCAGGUGUGCCCCGACCAGAUACAGAAUUUUAAAAAUGUCAGCUUGUCAAGAAACACCAUCGCAGACCGAGUUAAGGAACUGGCAGGCAAUAUGACAGCACAGCUGGCGGAAGAGACACGCAGUUACCAGACUUUUUCAUUGGCUGUUGAUGAAAGUACAGACAAUACGGAUACAGCGCAACUAUCCAUUUUUAUAAGAGGCGUAAAAGCAGACUUUUCCAUCAGCGAGGAGCUCUUGGAUGUAGUUGCAAUGCAUGGGACAACGAAGGGGAAGGACAUUUUUGAUGCGGUGGAGAGGUCCGUAAGUAAAACUAAAUUACCUUGGGAAAAGUUGGUGGGGUUAACUACCGAUGGCGCACCUGCGAUGUGUGGAGAAAAGGCAGGCUUGGUUGGACUAGUGAAGGAGAAAAUGCAAAAAAGUAACUGCCACACACCUCUGAUAACUUAUCAUUGCAUUAUCCACCAAGAAGCUCUGUGUGGAAAGGUUCUAGAACUGGAUGAUAUAAUGAGCACAGUCGUGAAAACAGUGAACUUCAUUCGAGCGCGCGGCCUGAAUCACCGCCAGUUCCAGCUGUUUUUAAAGGAGGUGGGCUCGGAGCAUGGAGAUAUGCCAUACCAUACAGAAGUAAGGUGGCUGAGUAGGAGCGCGGUCCUCAAACGAUUUUUUGAGCUGAGAGAAGAAAUUGCGCUUUUUAUGCAAAGUAAAGGAAAGCCUUUGCAUGAACUGUCUGAUCCAAACUGGCUGUGUGACUUUGCUAUGUUGUGUGAUCUAGCUGAGCAUCUCGCUCAUCUGAAUCAGAGGCUGCAGGGACGCAAACAAGUCAUCACGCAGAUGUCCGACAUGAUCACAGCUUUCCAGCGUAAACUGCACAUGUGGAAGUCCCAACUGGAACAGGAUAAUCUUGCCCACUUUCCUGUCUGUCAGAGCAUCUCCGCCUCAGUCUCUGGUGCUUUUUCAUGCGCUCGGUUGGCUACCAAAGUGAACCGGUUAAUUAAUGAAUUUGAUCGGCGCUUUUCUGACUUUAAAACACAGCACCCAGGCUUUGCCAUCUUUUCCAAUCCUUUCACCGCUGACGUUGACAGUGCACCCCAUCUCCUUCAGAUGGAGUUAAUAGAACUUCAAAGCAAUAGUGCCCUGAGAGCAAAGUUCCAGGAUGCUGCAAUCGAGGACUUUUACAACCUACUGCCCCCUGAAUUGAUGCCACAGCUUCGGCUUAAUGCUGCCCGCAUUCUGUCCAUGUUUGGGAGCACCUACUUGUGCGAACAGAUGUUUUCAAUAAUGAAUCUAAACAAGACAAAGCACAGAUCACGCAUCAAUGAUGACAACCUCCACGCUGUUUUACGGAUUGCUACAGCACAAGACCUAAAGCCAGACAUUGACGAACUGACCAGAAGAAAACGGUGUCAGACAUCCAGCCAGAAGACAAAUAUAACUUGAAGUGGAUCUUUGGUGUGUUGAGGUCAAGCAGCAUCACCUCAUCAGCUUCACUCAGAACUUGACCAAUACAGUUGUGAACUGAGACAACCCCUGUUGCUAUUUUGAGUUAAUUACACAUACUACAUUGUGAAUGAAGCAAUGUUCUGUGUUUACAGGUGUAUGUGUCCAUCCAGCAAAAUGUUUACUGUAAUCAAAACCAUAUCUCAUUAGUUGGAUUGGAUAUCCCCUCUGCAAGGCUGUCUAGCCUUUUGUUUUUGUAAAAUGCCACAUCUGUCACGCAUGUUUUCAGCCUCCGACACUUACUGUAUGUGUUGGACCAUAGUUCUGCCCGUCUCAACUGUGGCAAAGUUUUGAACAGAGUUGAUUUAAUAACUUGUGUUUAAUGAUAUUUGUCUUUGUUAUUCACUUGACA